AGUUCAUUUAAGUUUGAACAGCUGACAAGAUGAAAUUAUUAUUCCUUAUUUUUAUUUUCGUUGCCAUUUUCGCAAAAAAUUCAUCUUUAGCAACAAAGGCAGACAGCAAGAAAUGCAAAGCAAAUGAAGUUUACAAAGAAUGUGGAAGUUCAUGCUCUGAUUCUUGUGAUAGAAUCUUCAUCCUUUGUCCAUAUCAAUGCGAGCCUGGAUGCUAUUGCGUUGACGGAUAUUGCCGUAGUUCACCAGGAAGAUGUAUUCUAUAUCCUUGGUAGUUGUUAUGGAUGAUUGUGAGAAUUUGUAAUAAAUUCAAUAUGAACCUUUGAAUAUUUGGUUUUAUUUCUUAUUCUUAUUAAUUUCAGGUUUUGUUUGCUAAUUCUAGGAACUGAAAAUUUCCAAAAGAUUUAGUUUCAAAAUUUCAUAUAAAUCAGCAAUUGCGUCGUGUCAUUAAUGUCUACGGUUAGUUCAAACCGCAUGUAUUUUUUGUAAUUAAUAAAAAAACAGUUCAGAACGAAUUUUUAUUUGAACAACU